AUGGCUUUAGAAGGACGCAAUAAACUUGGUUUCAUUGACGGGACACUUGCUCAACCGCCGGAUUCAGAUCCAGAAUCCAAGCUAUGGAAGAAGAACAACUUUAUGGUAUGUUCCUGGAUCAUGAAUUCCGUUUCUGAACAAAUUGCUGAAAGUCUACUUUACUUCAAGAAAGCGAAUGAUAUGUGGAAGAAUCUGCUAAAUCGUUUUCAACAAGCUGAUGUUUCUCGUCGAUAUCGCAUCGAACAAAAGUUGAAUUCUCUUCGUCAAGGUCAUGAUGACGUUUCUACAUACUACACAAAAUUGGUAACUAUCUGGGAAGAAUUAAAAUCGGUUCAGACUUCUCCAAUAUGUUCAUGUGGAACAUGUUCUUGCGGAGUUGAUAAAAAGUGGAGAGAUUUGUUUGAAGAAGAUUUUGUGUUUCAGUUUCUCUGUGGACUGAAUGACGUCUUUGAACCUGUUCGUGAUCAUAUCAUCCUUAUGGAUCCUUUACCAAAUCUUGCGAAAGCUUCUGGUAUUGUUGUAAAACAUGAACAGCAAAAGAUGAUCAAGAAUCCAAUUCUUACUGAUACAUCAGUAUUUCAAACCCCUGUUCAACCUCAACAUACCGAGAAUGUUGCAGCAGUUGCGGGAGGUUUUUACAAGCCUCGUCAGCGUCCCUUAUGUACUCACUGUGGCCUUUAUGGUCACACAGUACACAAAUGCUACAAGUUGCAUGGAUAUCCACCAGGAUACAUUCCUCGGAAUCCUCAGUCUCAAAAUUCAGUGCCUGUUCAGAAGACAUUUACGCCACAAGGAAAGAACAACUUUCAGAACAAAGGAACCAUUGCAAAUGUGAUUACUGAACCAGUUAUGGAUCAGAAUCAGGUCUCUGAUGUUGGAGCAUUGUCAACUCAACAACUUCAUCAGCUUUUCUACAAGCUUGGGGCUGCUCUAAACAUCUCUAGCCCAAGUAUCACAGAAAAUGGUGCUCCAGAAAACGUCACUUCCUCUGGUAAUCAUCUGAUUCUAUCCUCUGUUUCAGCUGAUAUACAUAUGAAAGAUACCAAUGAUACUUGGAUAAUAGACUCAGGAGCCACAACUCAUUCACUCAAGCAGGGAAAGCAAUGA